CACAAUCCAAAAUUCCUCAAUGAGCAAUGAUGAACCAUUCGAUCGUUUCAUAAAGAAUCGUGUCAUUAUAAUUCAACAGCCAAUCAUGAGAAUCAAUAGUCCAGAGUUUUACAGCUGAAUUUCGAAACAACGAAAAAAAACCAAUUGAAUUGAAUCUUGGUUCAACACCAGAACGAACGAUAGCAAGCACAACAAAUAUUAGAGUGCGAAUAGUUUAUUUGCUUGCCAUACAUUUAUUGAUCUACCAAAAACAAAGAAUGGACGAAAUGGAAUCCACUGGACUCCCAUUAUUAACAAUCGAAUGGGAUAUGAUGAAUAAAACAAGAUUUUUUGGUCUAAGUGUUGUUCAUUCUAUUUCGCUACGAUUUUUUCUGUAUCCAUUAACAGUGAUUAAAACUCGUCUUCAGCUUCAAAAAUCUGGCCAAGAAGUGUAUCGAGGUACAGCCGAUGCAUUUCGUCAUAUUGUCCGUACUGAAGGCUUUUCUGCUUUGUACAAAGGAUUCUGGGUAAAUACAAUGCAAGUCGUUUCAGGUUUCGGCUAUAUAUUGACCUAUGAAAAAGCGCGACAUAUACUUUCCAAAAACGAUAUCAAUGAUAAUCGAAUACGAGGCCUUAUUGCCGGAGGUCUUGGAUCUCUAGUCAGUCAAACAAUUAUUUGUCCAUUCGAUGUCAUUUCUCAACAUUUAAUGCUUUGGAAUAAAUCUAAACGGACCAAAAUUUCAUCCGCAUCAUCAACGAAAUCAUCGUAUCAUUUAAACAUUGAUCCAGAAAUUGUAAAAAAUAAUGGAUUGGCCAAAACCGUAGUCAAAGAAUUGUAUCGCUGUGAUGGAGGAUUAAGGGCUUAUUAUCGAGGUUAUCUAUCUUCGGUCGCUACCUAUGUACCAACUAGUGGCCUAUGGUGGAUGUUUUAUCCUGUUUAUUCGGAAUGCUUAGUCACUCAGCUUCCAAAUAAUACGCCACAUAUGAUAAUACAUUGUACCGCUGGUAGUCUUUCGGGAAUGACUGUCGCUGCAUUAACAAAUCCGUUGGAUGUUCUACGAGCAAACAUUCAAGUUCGACGAUUACAAUCGAUAGUAAACGCAGCUCAACUAUUAUGGUCCGAAGAACGAUAUCGAAUAUUCACCAAAGGUUUAUCAGCUCGUCUUGUCCAUAGUGGGCUUAGUUCAACAUUUAUUGCUGCAGGUUAUGAAACUUUAAAACGACUUAGUUUACAUGAUGAAUUUCGUGAUUCCGUUCGUUGGUGAUGAAAGCUGGUCAUCUAAUUAUUUGUUUUUGUUAUUCUAUAAAAAUUUAUUUCGUUUUUUCAAUAAUUUAUAACUUAACACAAUUAAUCGAGUCUUUAUUUUUUUUUUAUCUUUUAGUUAAAAAUUUUCUCAUUUCAUAUCCACCUCAGACAAAAUAUGCUGUGAUUUUAUUUUCUUCACAAAUUUUA